AUGCUGCGCGUCGUCGCCGGCCUCCUCCUGCUCGGUCGCGCCGCCGGCGGCGACGUCGCCGUCGCCCUGGGCGAGGCGCCGGGCACGCGGGGCCAGUACUUCCAGAACGAGCUCCAGGGCGUCGUCGACUUCCUCGCCGACUACUACAACACGUCCUUCAGCCUCACGUUCCACGGCCCGCGCGCCGUCUACACGGCCGUCGCCGGGGUCGAGGACCGCGUCUCCGGCCGCCUGCUCGCGCGCGAGGACCUCAUCCCGCUCGGCUCGGCGACGAAGCCCUUCACGGCCGCGGGCGUCCUGCGGCUCGCGGAGCGCAGCGCGCUCGGUCUCGGCGACCGCGUCGCGCCCUACGUCGACCCCUGGCUCCGGCGCGACCUCGGCCGGACCUUCGUCGAGCUCUACGGCGCCGGCGCGGCGAACGUCACGAUCCUCGAGCUGCUCAAGAUGCGGGGCGGCCUCCAGGACUACGACGACGCCCGCUACCAGAACAAGACCUUCCGGGGCGAGGAGUACGUCCCGACGGCGGUCGUCGGCGACGCGCCCCACGACCUCCACUGCGCGCCGGGCGCCUGCGGCGUCUACUCGUCCGUCGGCUACCUGCUCCUGGGCCUCGCGGCGGCGACGGCGGUGAACCUGAGCGACUGGCGGGCCCUGGACCAGGGCGCGCUCGCCUUCGGCGGCGAACCGGGCCCGGGCCUCGUCUUCCCCGUCCGGGGCGCGUGCGCGGACGUGCCCGGCGUCGUCCACCAGUACGCGACGCGCGUCGGCAACGGCACCUACGGCUGGUUCGACGUCAUCGGCGACUCGUGCCUCAACGCCUGGACCGCGGGCAACGUGGCGGCGACGAGCAGGAUUUGGCGCGCUUCUGGCACCGCCUCUGACGGGACGCUCCUGUCCGCGUCGUCGCUCGCGGCCAUGACGUCCUUCGAGCCGCUCACGUGGGGCUGGUUCCCGGGCCUCGAGUACGGCGCGGGCCUCAUGGCCCAGGCCUGGGCGGCGGCCAACGGCACCUACUCGCUCCCGGUGCUGGGCCACGGCGGCGAGGACUACGGCUCCGAGACCGCGCUCAACGGCUACGUCGCCGCGCUCAACGCGUCCGUCGUCCUCGCGAGCACGUCCUACGACGGCGCGAACUGCAGCCUCUCGCUCGCGGAGAACGCCUACGCCAAGGACUUCGCCGCCUGCUUCGCCUACGACCGCAUCCUCCACGCCAUCAACCCGGCCUUCCCCCGCCUGCGGUGCAAGCCCGCGGACGCGGUCGCCGACGCCGCGCCGGGCCGCUGCCUCGGCACGCUCGGGUCCUAA